AUGUUGACGGGUGUGGAAAAACGGACAGAGACGGGAGAGAGUCAGCUCUGCUCUGCUGUGAGGGACUUCAAACAUGAGUUGGGCGUGCAUGCUACCCUCCAGGAAGGUGAGAGAAAUGACCAGAGUGAGGCAGGGAGACCUAUCAUGAGAGAGGAACAGAUAGGCUACACGAGAACUCAAGGAAAACCCACGGAUGGGCUCUCCCCCGGGCUGUACGUGUUUCCCCAGUUGUGCACUCACUUUGUAAUUCACCUGGGAUUUAGAACAUCUUUAUCCCGACCCAUGCCUAUUGGGGGAAACAAAAGAUGCUUGGACCCAGGUGUUCCAGUUUUUCAUGAUGCAUUAAAGGGCUGUACAAAUGGUAGACAUAAUAGUGAAAAGCCAUGUGAGCCACUCAAACCUGAAGUCAAGACUAUUGAGAGGGAACUAUCUGAAUUGAAACCCAAAUUUCAGGAGCACAUCAUUCGAGCCCCUAAACCAGUAGAAGCAAGAAAGAGGCCAAGCCCAGAUGAACCAAUGACAAACUUAGAAUUAAAAUUAUCUGCCUCCCUAAAACGAGUGCUUGAUAAACUAUCAUCUGGUAAUGAAGAAAAGAAGAGCAGUGAUGAAGUUAAGAUUGGGACCACAUGUAAAAAUGGAGGCUAUUUGAAGGUAUACCAGGGUCUACAUCUAGAAGAAGUCUGUGUAUGUCAUUCUAGAGCUCCUAUUUUCCAUGAAGGGAUGAAAUACUGGAGCUGUUAUAGAAGAAAAACUUCUGAUUUUAAUACAUUCUUAGUCCAAGAGAGCUGCACACCAGGAAAACACAUGUGGACUGCAAAGGAUGCUGGGAGAAAUGUUGUUCCAUAUGGUCACGACUGGCAUAAAACUGAGGGUGAAGUCACCAUUGCCGUAGAUGUUAAGAAUUCACUUCCAGAACUUAGUCAAGUCAUAGCAAAUAGCACAUUGUUAAAUGUGCCCAUUGUAUUCAAAGGAGAGAAGGAAUUUCAUCACACUAUGAAAUUAUGGGGUAUGAUUGACAUAAAGCAAAGUUAUGUAACUAUGACUGCAGCAAAGACCGAGAUCACCAUGAGAAAAGCUGAACCUAAGCAAUGGGUGAGGCUUGAAUUGCCUGCAACCAAAAACCAGGAAAAACAAAAAGAAGAUACAACAGAAUGA